AUGUCCACAAUAUACCCCAGGCAAAGGGUGUUGCCUGCCGAUAUAUCAACUUCGACCUCAAUCAACUAUCUUCCUCACCUUUCCUACAUACUCUCGCUCGACCCCUCGCUCGAUCACCGCUGCGCUGGCUACGUGGACACCAACGGGCGCCGCUGCACAACUGAAACAAAGCCACAAGACCGCAGUGAGGCUAUUGCGCUCCUGAAUAUGGCGACAGCAGACGUUCGCGCCGGGAUGUGGAGAGACAUUGAAAACGAGACUCUCGAAGAACUCGCUCGUCGCCUUCUCUGUUCGGCGUCCACUCAUCAGGCUCAGGCUCGGUCGCUUGUGCAGAGGUGGAGGGCAGAUUUUCAGGCUUUCGUCCAUGGUACUGAAAUAAUAUUGGGGCUCAAUGAUGCGGAUAUGAUGACCGAAUGGAAUAAUAUGAAGAUGGAUUUGGAUAACGAAAGCUGGUAUAAGCAGGUAUCCCGCGGGAUUCAGUGGGGCUUUGACCACCUGGCACUCGCUCAGCUUGUACGGGGCAGGGAUCCUGGGUUCUUAUAUGCUAGCAGGGCCCUCCGGGAGAAUCUAGCUCAUCAACAUCUCCAGGGUUCGAGCUCGGAUUGGAAUGGUAAUGUUGAUCGUGAAUUUUCGAUUGACCCUGAACCCGGAAGAACCACCAGCACCAACACCAGCACUGGUCAUGGAAUAUACAAUAAUCCUUCCACUAACGCCCAGCAUCCACCCGUUGGUAUCCCAGCUCCAACUCGGAAUCACAGCUCAGCCUUCGGGCUCUCACGCCUGGCGCCUAAGAAAACAGAAAUGUCACGCAACCACCAGGACAAUACCGUCGAGCGCCUCCGCCAGCCCAUUGACGGUGACUGCAGUAUCUGCUUGAUCUCACUGCUAGACGAGCCGUCUGACUUCGAUUUCUAUACUGAUUACGCAUAUACGGACUCAAUUACAGACCGCCUGUCUAGCCCGUUUUCUGACUCUUCCUGCCAAUGGCACGAAACCGACACAGGAACACCGGGACUUACGGACCUGAUGAGGAGGGAUUAUGCAUAUCAUCGCGUGCUGAGUUAUAUUUGUGAAGGAGGGCCGGAAAUCAACGUCAGCAGACAAGGGAAAGUAGGCGAGAGAAAGUAUCCAGCGAGACUGGAAUUAUCUUGGUGUCAAGCUGGAUGCGGCGUGAACUACCACAAGCGCUGCCUCGAUAAAUGGAUUGCUAUGGCCCCGUCUGGGCUGGCGACCUGCCCGAGUUGUCGAAGGCGGUGGGUUGGUGAUUUUCAUCAUCGGGGUAGCCCUUAUGGGUGUUUCAUUCCGGGGCUGCAGACAGACUAUGAGUGCAAUACAAGUCGAGACUUGCCGGAUGAGUCCAAGAUUGCUCUCGUGCCGUACUUUGCAUUUAUAAACCUCUCCGCAAAGAUUAACUAUGGGCCUCGCAACUUCUACAUCGUAGAACCACUAUGGACGGAAAAAGCAAACCAAAACCCCCACUCUGAAAAUCCCGAUAUCCGGGUAACAGAUACGCACAUCUACUUCCUCCGCGGGAUCCUCUCGAACUGGUAUCUCAGCCCUUACCAUUUUACCGGACAGCGCGCUCUCGAAUUAUGUCUCGCUCAACUGGACGAGUUGGGUAUUCCGCAUCUAGCCGAGGACGCGAUAUCCACACGACUGAUCAAGCCCUUCCGCUUCCGCCGCGGCGAGCAAUGGAUGAUGGCUAUGAAAGCCUGGCUCUUUGAGCGCGACUCUACCCCGCUUGGCGAGUCUGUUCUGGACGACGCGUCCUUCGACCAGCUUCAGGCCGAGCUGCUCAGCGACAAACCUGUUCCUGGUUCAAACGACCCGCGACGUAAAGAGCUUCGAGAAUCGGCACUGUGCCGCAUCAUGCGCACGAACAACCCCAAGUCACAGAAAACUUUGGGUCGGAAAGUGCCGAACUUUGAUGACGCGGUGUGGACAACGGCUUCAGGGGUAAUUGUGGUGGCCGGGUGCAUAGCGCGCGCGGAGGCCGAUGACGAAUUGAGGAAGCUGUACUUCUCGAGCGAAAAGCGAGUCUUCGUUGAAGGGAGUGCGAGUGAUCGGGUCUGGGCGGUUGGCUUGAACUGGGAGAGCGACGAGAUUCUGGACGAGGGGAAUUGGCGGGGCACGAAUCGGUUGGGAAAGGCACACAGCGAGGCAGCGAGGAUCCUGAGCGAUAGUAGCGCGGCUCGAUGA